AAACCAAAUUAUUAAUUUAAUUUAAAUUAGGUGUUAAAUCUGCAAAAAACUAAUGUUUUAAUAACCCAAUUUGCUUUUUUAUACAAAAUAAGUCUUAGCUAUUACUUUAAAUUUCUAUGGUUAAGUAAGAAGAAUAAAUAUUUGUUUUUAAAAAAUAAUUAAGAUUAAAUCAAAGCUAGAAUUAUCUUAAAAUGAGUUUAACUGCUUUAGAAACUUUGAAGUAAAAUGAAAUUUUUACUUCUGAAAAGGAACUAAGCAAAUUCUCUUUGAGUACUAGUACAUCUUUGCAACCAAUAAUUUCUAGCGAAGCAAUAUUUACUUCUGAAGAAUAGAUCGAAGAAAGAUUCUGUUCUAAUGAAGAUAUGAAUCCUGAUUAAAAUGAUGCUCAUGAUGAAGGAGAUUGUACAGAAGACGAAGAGGAUUUAGAAAAUAUUAAAAAUCCAUAAUAAACUGAAUAGUGUAAUAAGUAAUGUUGCAGUAAUUCGUAAUAAAAUCCUUCAGCACCCUCCUCAUUGGUUGAUAAACUAGACGACCAAUAAUCCUUUCCAUUAGAUGAAAUACUCCCUUGUACUGUAGGUAACUUAAGGAUAAAAAAACUAUCUUGGUUAGAUUUUUCUGGUACACCAAAUUAUGAUUUGAAGUGGAGUGCUCAUGCUUUUUGGGGAAUUAACUACACAUAUACAGUUCAGUAAAAAGCAGCUAAAAAUAAAAAGGUGUCUUAUAUAAUAAAGCCAGAAGUUAAUGUUUGGCUAAAAAAGAAAAGUUGGGCCAAAAAGCAGAACGCUCAUCUUCUGAACCACGAGCAAGGUCACUAUAUUAUAGGAUGCUUUUGUGGAUUAGAAUUUAAAAAAUAGAUGAUGUCAUACAACUUUACUGAUAAUUAUAGGUUUGAAAUCCCAAGAUUAUUUGAUAAAAUUCUUAAAGAUUAUAUUGCUCUUGAAAAAAAGUAUGACAAGGAAACAAAUCAUAGAUUAAAUAGAGAAAAGUAAACAGAAUGGGAUAAUUACAUGUUGUAAAAAUUAUUAGAUUACUAAAAAUACUUUUAAAAGACUGCAGCAACUCCUUUAAAUAAAGUUAAAGUUAACAAAAUCUAAUGAAUUAUUGAUUAGCUUAGAGAACAAAUAACAAACAUUUUCAAUUUACAUAAUUUUAUGCUUUUACUUAGACAUUACUUUAUAAUUAUAAUAACUAAAUUACUAAAAUUAUUCAAAAAACUAUCUUAUUCUUACAUAUUACAUGUAACAAGUUUGAAUAAGCUUUAACAAAUCACCUUAAAUAUUAUUAAAAUAAAAAAAAGUGGUAUACUUUUCUGAAUAAUCUAAAUUGUGUUGAGUUAACUUAUAAAAUAUUUCUUUUUUAAUUGAUAGAAAGUUUUUAUUUAAAUAUAUAAAAAUAUAGAAAAAAGACAGCUAAAGAAGAUGAUUUAAUUUUAAGUUUUAACUGGAUAUUGUUUGAAUUUUUAAUAAAACAACAAGUCAAAUUUAUAAAAAAAAGUUUUUAUUUAUAUUAAUGUUGCUGUUGUAAUAUUUUUG